AAGUAAGUUGCUUAGUUACAUAACUAAUUCCUAACCUCAUCGUUUCCCAUACUAUACUACUAUACUUCGAGUUUCUAACUAUGCAGACAGACCACUCGCCAUUGAAAGAACAGAAUCACGUCUAUUACAACCGAAGAUUAUCCUUAAUCACCAUACCUACCAUUGAAAAACUAAGGACGAAAAACUCCCAGGAAAAACCAAAAAUGGUCCCCUCAAUCCGCAUCAUCGGCUCCCUAAACGUCGACAUGGUCUCUGUGACCCCGCGCUUCCCCGAAGCAGGCGAAACCCUCACAUCAACCUCCUUCAGCAUCCACGCCGGCGGCAAAGGCGCCAACCAAGCAGUAGCAUGCGGCCGUCUCUCGCGCCCCAAACCCACUAACACCACUAACACCACCACCACUACCGCCACCACCACCACCACCACUACCACCAUCACACCAACCAUAAGCCCGGCACACAUCCACGUCGAAAUGCUCGGCGCAACCGGCCAGCUAGACACGCACUUCACCACCCUCCUCCAACCGACCCUGCACAGCUCCGGCGUCCACACCUCCCGCAUCCGCCAGAUCCCCAACGCCCACACGGGCGUCGCCGUGAUAAUUGUCGACACCUCCGCCGGCGGCGAGAACCGCAUCCUCUACUCCCCCGGCUCCAACUAUGCCGGCAUGCAGUGUGCGCCGGACGUGCUUGAGUUGUCGCUCUCGCUGACGCCGGCCGUGCCGGAUGUGCUGGUGUUGCAGGCGGAGAUUCCGACUGAGACGGUUGUGGGGAUAUUGAGGGGGGUGAAUGGGUGGAGGGAGGCGAGGGCGAAAGUGGAAGGGAGGGGGGUGGGGAUGGAGGCGGAUGUGGAGGUUGUGUUUAACCCUGCCCCGGCGCCCGAGGGGGGCUUGCCGGUCGAUGUGUAUGCGGCUGUUGAUCAUUUGGUGAUGAAUGAGACGGAGUGUGAGAUUAUGGCGCCGGCGGGGUUGGUGGAGGAGGGCGCGGGGCAGGAGAAGGAGACGGCGGCAACGUCACCCGAGAGGCGAGAUAGGAUUGCGCGGCAUUUUCAUGCAUUGGGGGUGCGGCAUGUGAUUGUUACGUUGGGGGCGAAGGGGGUGUGGUAUAGCGCUGGUGAUGCGGGGAGAGAUGUACAGGAGCGAGGACAGGGAGAAGGAGAUGCAAAGGGAGGGUGGGUAAGGUUUGUGGGAGAGGUGCCGGCGGCCAAGGUGGAAAAGGUGGUUGAUACGACAGCGGCGGGGGAUACGUUUGUGGGCGGGUAUUCGGUGCAGAUUGCGCGGUGGAAGGAGGCUAGGAGGGCGGCGGGCCGGGGCGGAGAGCAAUUGACGGUUGAGGAGAGGCAAGAAAGGUAUGGGUCCGCCAUGGAACAAGCUGUUAGAUGGGCAACGAGGGCGUCGGCGAGGUGUGUGGAGCGGAGUGGAGCGAUGGAUAGUAUACCUUGGGAAGAUGAGAUAUGAUUGUGGCUUUUAUAAAAUAAAAAAAAAAAACGGUAUAGUACGGAUUGAUAUAGAGGAACAUUUUUAAUGAAUAAUGGAUAUCAUGUAUUUUAUGUGACACUGUACAUAGCUUUUACACACUUAUGUUAUAUAGAUAGCAGAAUCCCAGGAGGUUCACAAGUUCCAUUUACCAGGAGAGGCUUGUUGAGUGGAGGAAGAACUGUGCACUCUCUCCAUCAAAUAAAUUCACUGCCCCAUUUCCAUUCAUUUAUUUAAUUCAUAUUUUGUCUGGGUACAACAUUUUGUCUUGUGUUUUAAUUGUCUUGCCUAACUCCAAUUCUAAUUCUCGCAAUACGAAUUCGGGGUUCACCACCACACCACACCAUAUGCAAAUCAGAUAGAUGGCAGUCC